UAUUUUAGUUUAUUCUCUUCUAUUCUUUAUUUCUUUAUGUUGUAUUUAAGAAUUUACUUACAAUAAUUUUGUUUAUUGUGCAUCAAACUUCAGAGUUCGGGAUCUGGAUUUUACAUAGAUCUUAAUGUGAUUUUUAUUGUAAAUACGUAAAAUGAUUAAACAAGUAUUUAAAUCAUUCCCGGACAAUAAACCAAUAUCAGGAUUAUGUAUAAUAGAAGAUAUUACGAAAUGCCCAACAGGAUAUAAUCCCAUAUCAAAAACACAUGACCAAGAUUCAGAUGCUGAUUUACAUAUGCAGUCAUGGAAAGAGUCUGUGUUUAUUGGCAGAAAAAUUACAAGAUAUCUAUGUUUAUCUAAAACAGAAGGGAUUUCAGAUUACAUUGUAGUAAAUAUAAAUAUAAUAAAUGAAAAAGAAUGUCCUCCUGAUGGCUAUUGUUUAAUCCCCAGAACUAUUGACAGUGAUCAAAAAGCCUGGCGAAAACGUCAAUUAUGUUACAAAUUAUCUAGAAAAAGUCUAGCUACAUAUGCUAUUACUGAUAUUAUACUAUUAAGCCGAUCAAAGAAAGCACCAGAUGGUUUUAAUUUAGUUGGCGAUUUAAAUGGCUUAACACUUUGUUAUAAGACUAGCCCUCAAUCUCCAGAUGUGCCAUUACCAACAUUGACUUAUGGAUUAACACCAACACUGUCAACAGAAAAAAUUCCAAACAGUAAUGGGUCCUUAAGUUCACUUCCCAGUUUAGAAUCUAGUGCUCAUGUAUUAUCCCAUGAUUAUGAUAGACUGAUGUCAUUAAAACCUACACGGCCAGCACCAAAAUUACCUCCAACAUAUUCAUCUUCUAAUUAUUCUACAUUAAAUUCUUAUCAAGGGUUAGAAGGUAUUCCAUUUAUAUUGAAUCAAAAUAUUUCUGUGGAACAUAAGUCUAUUUUUAAGGAUAUACCAGAGAUUAAAAUAAAAACAUCUGAAGACCUUGAUUUAGAGUACAACUACAGUUUUGAACAAGAACGACAAGUGUGAUUUCCUACUUAUUUUAUGAAUUGUAAGUUCGACACAAUUUUUAAAACUUAAAAUGUAUUAAUUUAUAAUAUUUAUAUUUAUAUAUAUAUAUAUAUACAUAUAUAUAACACGUCAUUUUUUCAUCUUAUCCUAUGUUAGA